AAACAACAGAGGCAUUGACGUGACUGAAUUCGUAUUGCUUGAAAGUGUUUCAUACUCGGUGAAAAUAAAUGCAUAAUCUUGUGUUUUAUUAUUUUAAAUUUAAUAUCGGAAAAUCUGAUAACUAACGCGUUUCCAAUAAAGUGGAGGGACAAUAAAGAUACUGCUCUCAAACAAGUGUAUUGUUUUAUAAAACUUGAAAAUUCAUACUUGUUAUUGAAUUUACUAUAAUACCAUUAGAGUUGCCAUCAAGUGUGGAAAACAUAUUUUGCAGAUUUAUAGAAAACGCGCGCUGGAAGUGUGUAUGAAUUCAAGUGCUUAGCCCAGCCGCUCCGUCGCUGCACCUCCACUUCAACCAACACACGUACAUACAUACAUAUGUACAUACGCUAUCGCGCGCUAGUCAACGCUGCUUACCUGUAAAUAUUCAAAAAUCCGCUAUUCGCUGUCACAGUCGUACGCUGAAGGUGUGCUCCCACAGAAGCCGUUUUCGCAAGUGCAGAAAAGUGAUUAGAAAUUAAAAAUUUCACGCCAUACAUCCGUACACACAAACAUAGGUGCGACACAGCCAACGCUCACUAUUCACCAUUUUACGCCCGCGCAAUUAACUUGGCGGCUCAGCAAUGCGUUUAAGUGCGCUCAUUAGCGACGCCAAUUCGUCGCCCAGCGUCGUGGCGGCAACAGUUUUGGUCACACUUUCGAUUUUAGCUACGAUUAAUGGCUCGGCGGCACGCAGUGGCGGUCGUCAGUUCGUCAACAGGUACUUCGACGUUAACGAUGACAUAACGGUUAAUGUCAAUGCGGAGUAUACGCGCCCGAUCAUCGGUAUCCUCACGCAGGAAGUGUCCAACUUUGUGCUACGUCAUUACCCCGAUAGGGACUACACCAGCUACAUAGCCGCGUCAUAUGUGAAAUUUGUCGAGGGCGCCGGCGGGCGUGUGGUGCCGAUUUGGAUUGAUCGUGAAAGAGAAUAUUACGAGGAUAUAAUGUCUAAAAUAAAUGGUGUACUUAUGCCAGGCGGUGCCACAUUCUUCAACCAGUCGCACGGCUAUGCCGAUGCUGGCCAACACAUAUACGACAUCGCCAUCGAAAUGAACGAGCGUGGCACAUACAUGCCAAUUUGGGGAACUUGCUUGGGAUAUGAGUUGCUCGUCUAUUUGACGGCCAACGGCACAGAUUUACGCACCGAUUGCUCGUCGUCCGCACAGGCACUGCCAUUGGAGUUUGAGAAGGGCUACAAGGACAGCAAACUCUUCGCCAAAGCGAGCGAUGAAGUGGUGCACAUAUUCAGCACAUACAAUGUCACGGCGAAUUUUCACAUAUUUUGCUUUACCCAGAAGACAUUUGCGGACUACGGUCUAAAUAACUCUUGGAAUGUGCUGAGCGUAAAUCAUGACUGGUAUGGUGAGGAAUUCAUAUCGACAGUGGAACAUGUCAAAUAUCCAUUUUAUGGCGUGCAAUUCCAUCCUGAGAAAGUUCUUUACGAAUUCAUUCCGAAUCGAAAUAUUACGCACACCUCCCAAGCUGUUAUCGCUUCGCAGUAUUUCGCAGACUUCUUUGUGAAUGAGGCGCGCAGGAAUCGCAAUCACUUCGCCAAUCGCACGGAGGAAACCAAUGAACUCAUCUAUAAUUACCAACCGGUGUAUACGGGCGCUAAAGGCUCCGCUUUCGUGCAGCAGUAUUUGUUUGAGGCACGCAAUGCCGGCACAGCUUCUACGGCCGGUGCGAUACAACUACAUUGCUUGCUGGCGCUAAUUACGUUAUUUAUUUUGGGCGCUUGGAGGCGUGUAUGACGUCAUUACAUCUAUCGCGCUUUUAGGCUAUUCGGCCAUGCAUGCCUACAUUCGUGAUGCUAUUAUGGAUAUUACUCGUUCUUUCACUUUAUAGCUUCAAUAUUUUUACUGUCAAACGUGUCGUAAAGUUCCUACAUAAAUACAGCUACAACAAUAAAAGCAGCUUCAAGUGUGUGUGUGUGUGAUCAUACAACAAAUAAUACAACAAUGAAAGCUAAGAGGCAUUAAUGGACUCAAAUUCACUGCUGGGAUAAUUUAAUAAUUUAAUAAUAUUUUAUUAUUUAAUUUUUAAUUUUCACAACUUCUAAAAAUAAGCGGAAAAUAUUAAUAGAUUCUUAUUUUAACGUCUAUAAGUAUGCAUAUUAUGUAGGCUUAAAGUAUUGUUCUAUGCUUGCUCUAGUAAUUGCCUUCAAACAAAAAGGUCUCUUCAAGCACUCCACAACAAUAACUUUAUUUCAAUAAUAUUUAUUGUAAACGAGGCUUCUGUGAUUUCUAUGUUCAGUGCGAAAUAAUCAAUACCAUAUUAUGAGCACAAAAAAUAAAAAAUAAAUACAUAAAUAUAAAAUAAAAACUGUGCAGCAGAAAAGAUAAUCAAAUAAUAUCUCUUUGUUGAAGUGUUAUGAAUAAAGUUUAUAAUUGAAUAACCAUGUGAA